GGCAUGCAACGCACAAUGCUGCUAUAUCAUGUACAUGUUCAGUACAUGUACAGCUUGAACAAGCUGGCUCGGCGCAAGUUCCAAAGUUAGUGUGGAAUGGUUAAAGCCGAUUGAUUCUAGCAGUGUGCACGCGGUGGAUUUUGCAAACUGGUCAUGGAUGUCGAUCGUGCAAUUCAGGCAAUCUUUAGCCUUUUCGAGCGGUACGGUUCGUCUGACUACCUCGGUGAGAAUGUCACCCAAACCGAGCACAUGGUGCAAUGCGCAAUGCUUGCUGAACAAGAGGAGUGCCCAGUGCCGAUUAUUCUGGGAGCGCUCUUCCAUGACAUUGGACACUUGGUUGGCCUACAGCAGGAAGCCAAGCGCAUGGAGACAGAUGGGGUUGUUUUGGGUGCCCGAGGGCAUGAGAUCAUCGGCCAAGAGUUCUUAGAGAGUCUCGGCAUCCCACACUCCAUCAGCAUCUUCUCAAAGGGGCAUGUGGAUGCCAAACGCUACCUCGUCUUCAAAGACACAGGAUAUUAUGACAGACUUUCUGAGGCUAGCAAAAUGACCCUGGUACACCAGGGAGGACCAAUGACGGCAGAGGAGGCCAAGGUAUUUGAAACGGAGCCGCAGCUAGCUGCUACCCUGAAGAUGCGACAGUGGGAUGAAAGGGCCAAGGACCCUACCGUCAAGACUGAGCCACUGGAGAAAUACCAGGAGAUGUGUAGGCAGUUCCUUCUGACAAAUGCAACCUAAGAAUUUGUUUGACUUCAAGCAAACUGAAACUGAACGUUCAUGGUUCACAGAUAAUGGAUGCCGAUUGGACAGCAGUAGAUCUCAUAUUACCUCCUUGAUGUUGCUCGAUCAGUCUACUGCAUAUACGGGUACACAUACCACUUGACUUUAUUCAGCCACUCUGCCUACAUUCUUGUCCAGACUGUAACAAGAGAGAGCGGAGCAACACUAUCUCUCAGUCACUGUCACUCCUUCAUUGAGCACAGAUGUGCAGUAGUAACCAAAUAAUGUCGAUCAACAUGCAAACACUAUUACCAGAAGCCACUGUUUUCCUCAUAAUGACGAGUAUUGAGUACCUCCAGAGAGCAAUACAUGGCCUAUAUUUUGUCAAUGCAAAUUCAUCCAGUAAGGAUGUACCCCCUCUUGGCCAUGUCUUAGCAAACUACGAUAAAGAGAAUAUGACUGUUAGUGUAAUCAAUAGUGUUAGUAUAAUCAAUAUGUUGCAUAUGUCCAUAACACUAACCUCAGUUACCUAUUUGUACUGAAACCCACCAGGAUAGCAAUCUAAUAGAUGUCAAAAAGUGACUUGAUUCAUCUUUUUUGAGGAUUAUGUGCAUUUACCUUAAAAGGAAUGCUUGAUAAAUUCAGAACUCCAUGUAGCUUCUUCCGAAACAUGGAGAAUGAAGUGCAUCUGUGUCCCAUGUCCUCAUGGCCUUUUAGACAAAACAAAUGUGUUUACACUUACAGAUUUAUUUUCCCAUAACUACACCGGCUCUUGUAAAUGGAGCCAUUCACAUGCACAUGUAGUUUGCAGAAAAAUCAAAAUGUGGGCUUUCUCCGUUAUGCUUCAGCAAUGUAGGACAAAAUUUAAAGGAACCACGAAAUAGAAAUAUUUCUAUAAAUUUUACUGAAACUCCUAGAGAUUGCACCUUUGGGUUUCAAUUAAC